UCUGGAAUGUUCCACAGCUGUCAUGUGAUGUUUGUGACAUCGCAGGCAUAGAAUUUAGAACUAGAUAUGGAGCAGGGGUUAGAAGAUCUUGGCCAGCAGAGUGCGUGAAGUGGAUCUCGGAGUCCGCUGGGAUCAGGACUAGCAGGGCUCUGGGUGAUUUGAGAGUAGGGGGAGGGAAGGGACACAAGGACAGAACCUACUCGCUGCUGGCCCCAUCUCACUGCGUGUCCUGGGCUGAGCUGCCUACCCUUUCUGAGCUUGUGCAAGCAGCGAAUGGAACUUAGGAAACCAGCGACUGGGCUCCUUCCAGCAGCUGGGAGUUGGGACUUCCUGACUCAGCUUUGUUUCCAGUCUCAGGACACCCCAGCUUCAGUGGCUUCUCCUGGCCUGCCAGGAGGACGGAUGCUAGGGGGUCCUUUCCAACCCUUGGCAUGACUCAUCUGGUCAUCACUGUGCAAACGCAAGAUCAUGAGUGUCCUGCUGUUUGUUGAGCACUCGGUGGAGGUGGCUCAAGGCAAAACCUCCUGCAAGACCUCCAAGUCAGGCUACCUCAGGAUUGCCGACUUGAUCUCCAGCUUCUUGCUCAUCUCCAUGCUCUUUGCCAUCAGCCUGAGCCUCCUGAUUGGUGUGAUUAAGAACCGGGAGAAGUACCUGCUGCCGUUCCUGUCCCUGCAAAUCAUGGACUUCCUGCUGUGCCUGCUUACACUGCUGGGCUCCUAUAUCGAGCUGCCCGCCUAUCUCAAGUUCGCCUCCCGGAGCCGUGCCGGCCCCUCCAAGGUGCCGUUGAUGACUCUGCAGCUGCUGGACUUCUGUCUGAGUAUCCUGACCCUCUGCAGCUCCUACAUGGAAGUGCCCACUUAUCUCAACUUCAAGUCCAUGAACCACAUGAACUACCUCCCCAGCCAGGAGGGGAUGGCGCACAGCCAGUUCAUCAAGAUGAUGAUCAUCUUCUCUGUGGCCUUCUUCACCGUGCUCAUCCUGAAGGUCUACAUGUUCAAAUGCGUGUGGAGAUGCUACCAAUUCAUCAAGUGCAUGAACUCGGCCAACAGGAGUGAUUCCAAGGUGCUGCCGAAGGUGGCCCUGCCGACCUACGAGGAGGCCCUGGCUUUGCCCCCGAAAGCCCCAGAGUGGGGCCCUGCACCACCCCCGUACUCAGAGGUGUGACCUCACCAGGACUGGUCCUGGUGCCGGCAGAGGGUGGAGCUGCCGCCUCAUCGCUUCUUUGCUUCGGUGGCCCCCGCGGCCUCGGUGGGCCAUGCAGCUGACUUCAGGACAAUCUGCUUGCGUCCCCCUUGGCUGGCCUGUCCCUUCCAUGGGGCUGGUGAGCUGCUUGAGACCGGGUCGACCCUCUAGACUGAAGGACUCCAUGGGUCUGUUGAGAACUCAGUCCGACAACCCUUGGCAAACUUCCGUUGGCUUCUGGCUGUAGUUCAGGCCAUUGCUGUUCUCAGCCGGGUGCGCUGGGUGGAACAACUACCAGCUGACUCAGUUUAAGCAAGCAACUAACAAACCCAAACCACACCUGUCAUUCAGUAAACUCAUUUGCUCAACUA